CUUCUCUAGUUAUUAAACUCAUUGAUAUGAUAUGUACGAGAUACGUUUAACAUUUUGGUCUGUGCAAAAAAAAAAUAAAGUUACUUCGACCUCGCCUUGUUGACGGGUGUUUUGUCUUUUUUUUUUUCUUUUAACGUGCUUCUGACUUUUAGCAACUUGCACCUAAUGUAGUGCAAUUAAUUUGUCAAAAUUGGGCUUCGUAAGUAAUUUUAUUGUUUGAUCGACUAUUGAUUCAAGUAAUAUAUUAUAAAUACUCUACACUAAUGUAGAUAUAAAUAAUAAUACAUUACCGUUUUUAUCUUGCAGAAAUAGUAAAAAUUACCGUCUUGAUUUGACUUGUAAGAACUUGCAAUUUGUGUCCGUUGGAGAAACUGAUUUUACUCAUUGGAUUUUACGAACACAUUUUUACAUUUCCUUUGUAAAUUUCAGCGGCACCCUUUACCUGCAUUUACGUCUACCUUUUAUUCUAAAUUAUAAUCCAAUUGGUAGAAUAUGUCAGGCAGAAACAUUUGGCGCUCAAAAGAAGAUGUUCUCAGAGACUUGGCUCAGUUCACUGGAAUCCCAAAUGGAGUAGAUGAUUUCAUAGUAAGUGGUGAAAGGCCGCCGCCACCUCGAAGGAUUGAAGAAGAUGAAGGGUUGGACUAUAGAUUUUGUGAUGCUGAAAAUACACCAAGUAAUACAAAUAACGGUCCAGACCUAGUUGGUAUAAGUGAAAUGCUGAGACUGGUAAAUGAAUAUAAUGAUACAGAUGCGGAAGAAUCAUCUCAAUCUAAAUCGGUGGACCAGAUAGUAACAAUUAGUAAGCUCAACCCGCAUGUUCCAGAGUUUAUACCAAAAAGUGUAACUGCAUGUUCUCCUAGCAAUGAACAAUGUAAAGAUGUAGUUAAUAAUGAAAAUAAUAAGUUAAGUGGAAGUAAUAAAACCUAUCAUGUAAGUAAUAGUAUAAACAAACGUGACGAUAAUAUAGACGUUAUAAGUGUAGAAAAAAGAAAUGACAUUUCGAAGUUGAAACUUAAAAACUGUGAUAGUGUUAUUGCAAAUGGUAUAACAGAUUCUCGAGAUGUUAAGGAUAUAAGCAGUCAAUCAAUUACGGAAAAGGGCAAUAACGAAAAGGACUGUGAUGAUAUUGAUAUAGAGAAAAGAAUUGAUAUUUCUAAGUUGAAUCCUGACGAAAUUAACCAUAUGACGAAAAAACUUAGAAAUAAAAUUAGUAGUGUCUCUAAAAGCGACAAUUUGCAAGGUAAAAGGGAUAGAAAUGUAGCAAUAGCUACCCUUUUAAAACUUUAUUCUGCUGAACCAAAUAAGUUGAAAUCACUGUCCCCUGAAAAGUUAUUGGCGCCUGAAAAGUCAGUAAAACAUGAAAGUGACGGUCAACCUCUACUGUUUACACCAGAAUAUUUUGAGAUGAGCAUAGCUAAAGGAUCUCCAGAAGAAACAAAGCCAAAGUCGUUUACUGAUAUAAAGAAGACAAUACCACUGACCGUCGAGAAGGACGCCCCAAGUGAGAGUAAUGAGAGUCGAAUAGAAGAAACCGACUCUUCCAAAGAAUCAUUUUCGUCUAGCUCCAAUAGUCGUCUUGAAGAUCCAGAAGUACGCCAGUCCAUAGAAAAGGUGACGAAGUGGUUUGAUGAACCGAAAUCACUCAAGUCUGUAUCACCUAUGAAAUCGAUACGGAAAGGACCUGCGGUAUUUUUAGGCCCAAUCUCUUUUAAACGGAAGGACUCCCCUAAGUCUCCUGUCAGUGACGAAAGCAAAAGAUCAACCCCGACUAAAAGUAAUUCAACAGCUCAUGUGGCGCAUUACAAACCAUCUAAGUAUGCGGAAGACUUGAGAAAAAUAUAUUCUGAGCGUAAUAAGGAUAUCGAUAAGAGAAAUCAAGAUAUAUGGACGGCACUUGAAAUUAAAAUGAAAGAAAAAGAAGAGAGAAUGAGAAAAGUACGCUUGGAAAAGUCACUGUCAUCGUCGCAAGAUGUUUCCAGUAGUCAAGACGACACCAGCCAAGAUGAUAAUGAUAGUAAAAGAUAACGUAUCAAUAGGUCAUUUCAAAUUUGAAAUCAUUUUUUCUUUAUUUAUUUUGAAUGAUUAUUCAAAAUGUUCUAAACACCUAGUUGGAUCAUAAGUUCUGCCACAUGUGAUUUGUGAAAUAUU